AUGCUUCUUAGUCAGCUGACUCCUCUUCUGAGCUUGCUCAGUGGAACUUGGCUGCCUACAGGCUUGGGGAGGCCUGGAUCCUGGGAUUCCCCACUACAGCCCUGGGCUGUGGCCAAUCAGACCUCCCCUGUGCCAAUCUCUGCCCUCAGCAGCUGGCAAGUCUUCUUGAGCCUGCAGAAAAGUGCACAAUGGGAGGCCCACAGGCUCCAGGAUGGGCAAGACGUGGCUGCUCCUGUGUCUCUGCCACUAGACCCAGAGGAAAUGACUGAGGAGAUGUGCAAGGCUGUGCCCUUCACUCAGGUGCUCUCCCGGCCCGGCUGCACAGCCAUUCGCCUACGUAAUCACCUCUGCUUUGGCCACUGCUCCUCCAUCUAUGUCCCUGGCUCAGGUCCCGCCCCGUUUGUCCUCUGCAGCAGCUGUGUACCCACUCACCAGCGCAGGGCACUGGUGGUCAUGUGGUGCUGGGCAGGAGGCCGAGCCGCCCGCCGUCGGGUGAAGACAGCCACUGUGCUGGUUGAAGGGUGUCACUGCAACCUGAAGGCAUGA